GAUGAUCUAGCCCCGCAAACGUCAUGAGACCCACGCCAUGAAUAUCAUCUAUACAUUUGAUGUCCAACUUCUUCGAUGUCCAACUUCUUCAAAUUAUUCUCGCUAAAUUAAGCAACAAAACAGAAAGAAAAUGGCACCAGUCCCCCAAUCCAUUCUCCGCGCCCUGGGAUUUUGCAGUAUCGACCCAUCCAAAGCCACCCUCUCAACAUCAGGUCUAGGAUCAGGGUUCUCAAACACAGGUCGUAUUCGCAUAUCUAUACCAAGAGAAAAGGGAGAAAGGGAAGAAGAACGACAGUACUUCCUCAAAACGUCUCCCGAUGGAAAAGAGAUGUUUCAAGGCGAAUUCGCUUCAUUGAAUGCGAUUGCUGAUAUUGUCCCCGGUUUCUGUCCACGGGCUUUGGGAUGGGGUGCGCUAGAUGAGAAGAAAGGGUGGUUUUUGGUUACUGAGUUUUUGGAUUUUUCUGGUCGUUCCUCUUCAACGACGGAAUCGAAGGGAACAACGUCUUUGGCACAGAGGUUGGGGAAGUUACAUAGUACACCUGCUCCUCCUCCUCCCUCAUCAGAAGAUGAUCAGAGCAAGUAUGGAUUUCCGGUGCCUACCUACUGCGGAAAUACGCGCCAGCCAAACAAUUUCCAUAACUCCUGGGCCGAGUUUUACGCAAAUGAGAGAUUACUCAUGAUUCUCAAGGAAUCCGAACGAAAGAACGGACCCGAUGCGGGAUUACGAGAUCUAGUCACAAAGACUGCAGAGAGAGUCGUACCGCGAUUGCUAGGCGAUAAUCAUCUGGGUUAUGAUCGGAACGGUAAAGGUGAUGGAAUAGUUCCUGUUGUUGUUCAUGGGGAUUUAUGGAGCGGGAAUGCAAGUCGAGGACAAAUCGCUGGAUCGGAUAAUAGCAACGAUGGAAUUGCGGACGUGGUUUAUGAUCCUUCAGCUUGCUAUGCGCAUAAUGAAUAUGAAUUGGGGAUUAUGCAGAUGUUUGGUGGGUUUGGAAGAGCGCUUUUUGAUGAGUACCAUUCCAUCGUGCCCAAGACGGAGCCGGUGGAGGAGUAUGAGGAUCGGGUGAAGCUUUAUGAGUUGUAUCACCAUUUGAAUCAUCAUGCUAUUUUUGGAGGAGGGUAUAGGUCUGGUGCAGUGUCCAUCAUGAAUAAGUUGAUUAGUGAAUAUGGACGAGGAUAGUCCUUUCAGAAGUCGCCUCUUGUAUUCAGAUGAAUCAAAUAAUAUUAGUUGGUC